AUGUCUUCCAGAACGCCCAGUGGGGCAUUCUUUACCGACAGCGAGUCCAUUUCGCCUGCAAAGCGCAGAAGAAGCGACUGCCAUAGUCCCCCCUCUCUAGACGUUGCUACCGUUGAGCACCCGAAACCGGAACGUAGACGCGUCAACCCAGAAACUCUUGCCCAGAAACUUGGCCCUCAGGUCGUCGCUGAUCUCCAAGCGUGUAUCACACCCGGGAUGACUGAGAUGCCGUCCUUCGAGAUCCGCAAGCGAAUUCAACAGCGGUACAAUAUCGACAGGCGCCAUAUCUAUGACUGGUUUCAUGCCAUGGGUUUGCGCGUCGUGAAAGACGAGAAGUCCAACUCGUCGAAACGGGCUGAUGAGUCCAGAUCAGUACUGACGCUUUGCGCCCGAAGAAACAGACAACCUCCGAUCAGGGGACCAAUCACAGUAAGCUGCGCCCACUCUGCGACGGAAAACAUGAGUUCUGUGUCCGUGUCUCCUGUGCAACAUCGACGGCGCAAGACGAUGUCUUCUUCCAACGACCGUGAUUCGGUGGCGUCCAUUCACUCCUAUACCCCCACCAUUGGCAGUGACUCCGGUGAGGUCUCGGAAAUUCGUUCACCACUGGGCUCCUUAUCACAGACUCCUGGUGUUCUGUACUCUGGCGGACGUUCUGGCCUUAAUGCAUCUCUGCUCCAUGAGUUACCGACCUUGUUUGACGACGACGAUCGACUGGUAUACCCAGAUCUUGCUGCUCCUGUGCCUUCGUACCCUUUGGCCCAUGCGCUCAAUUCGACUCUUACUGUGGCAACUUCGGGCAGCCCGUCUCCUGGUCUUGACGAGAACGACAAUGAGCCUUUGCCUGAACCUGUGAUGAAACCGAUCACGUUGGAGGACCUCAACGAUACUUUUCCCGAGCCAAGCCAGACAGCGCCCAUGUUCUCAUCUGACUUGGAGUCGUCUACUAUUCAAGAACGUCAAGAGACUUACUCGUUUAUCUCUGAUGCUUUGGGGCUGGUGACCGCACCCGACGCGGGGGCUACGCCGAUUCAAGAGGCCAAGGGCAGCUAUCAGGCCUACAAACAGGACCUUUCGCGUAUUUACUAUGGAAAGAUCCUCGAUGCAACGGACCGCGCUCCGGGAAUUCGCUCCAAUUCUUCCUUGCCCCACAGUUCUGCAGGCUCGGACGACAGCAUUGGCAGCCUACAGCUCAGGGACCACCCUCGGCAACUUCAGGCUAUCCCCCCAACGGCGACACAAUGGCCUCGGCGCAUCGGAACGAUGGAUUCGCGAACUGGGAACGACGGGGAUCCUACAUACCUUGAUGCUUUCAGGCACGAUCGUGUCCCUCCUUCGGUUGACCUUGAUCACGGCAUGGUGGCUGCUUGGGUGUCGACAGACCGCGGCAACGCGCCAUUGUAUGCGCGAGAGGGUGGCGUGGCCAACCCGAUGUUCUUCGAUCCUCAGGUUGCGUUAACUCCGGAAUUCGAGGACCUGAACGCUGGCCAGUACAUGAUGCGGUGGUACAACGGACAUGCUCCCGAUCUUCGAAUGUUGCCGACGUUCGAAGCGCAUCCUACCGAUCCUCGCUUCUACUUGGCCUCAGACCCUUACUAUCCCUCGAUUCAUACGGAGGAACAAUACUAUCCUGAGUUCGCCUUCCAGCCUCCACCUCUUGGCGAUGCACCGAUACACAUGCCGAUGACCAUACGGGACGGACAGCCUUUUGGCUUCCACCAUCCAGCCGAAUCGUAUGGACCUCCCGUUUUUCCGGCGGAUUGCCUGGGUCAUGGAGUCAUUCCAUACAUGCAUGACGCCUCAACCCACUUCUACCCGCACGCUUCCUUUCUUGAAGACGGCGGAUACCGAAUCCAGGAGGGCUACGACAGGCCGCCCACUGCGCCUUUAAGUAAAUGCGCCAACACGCACGAACAAAGAAGCACGCCACAAGUCUUCGAUGGGCUUGUCUCCGCCUCGGGUGACGAGUGUGAGUUUCAAAGCGCACAGUGA